ACAGCCCAUAUACAGACUUCAACCAGGAAGUGUUUUUACACACAGCUAUGUUAGACAUUUUUUUGUAAUUCUCGACUAGGUGGAGAACAACAUGACACUGGGCACAACUCACUGGUAUUGUCUGAUCUUCUUGAUCAUUGGAGUCUUUUCCGUAUCAGCAGAUCCUUGCUUGACCUACGAAGAGUUCCAGGUGGAUUAUAAACGGUCGCCAGGUCACGUAGCAACUGUAUACGAGGAUAGCCUGUGUGAUGUUAUGGUCCGUGAGAAGUGGUACCGGUUUGUCGGGGAAGCUGGUAGUGACAUGACUAACGACAGAGAAAGUCUAAUGAGGAACAGCUGUGGUACCUUCAAUCCUCUCUGGAUGGAUGGUGAGAUUCCUGACGUUGCUGAAGGGAUUGUUGACAGAAAAGUGUGCUUAAAGUCACUUUUGUCCUCGUGCCACAAGUCAUUCACAAUCCAGGUUAAGAACUGCUGUUCAUACAGAGUGUACUACCUCCACAGUGCGAACAUGUGUCCGUCCUCUUACUGUGUUAGUCAGUAUAACAUCACAAACGACAACUGUACAAACUCGCCAUUCCCUACUACUAAAACGACAAUGACGUCAUCGGUAUGGACAAAAACUACUGGCACGACAUCUCAGACACAACACACAACUACAGAAAGUCCAACUCGAUCAACCACUGCUGCUAGACAAACAACUCCGCCACCGACAAUGUCGACAUCUAGUGGCAGGAUACAAACAACCUCGGAACAAACUACUGGAGACCCUGUAUCUGAUCCUUGCCUGACCUACGAAGAGUUCCAGGUGGAUUAUAAACGGUCGCCAGAUCACAUAGCAACUGUCUACGAGGAUAGCCUGUGUGAUGUUUUGGUCCGUGAGAAGUGGUACCGGUUUGUGGGGGAGGCUGGUGGUGACAUGACUAACGACAGAGAAAGCCUGAUGACGAACAGCUGUGGUACCGUCUAUCCUCUCUGGAUGGAUGGUGAGAUUCCUGAAGUUGCUGAAGGGAUUGUUGACAGAAGAGUUUGUCUAAAGUCAGUGUUCUCCUCGUGCCACAAGUCAUUCACAAUCCAGGUUAAGAACUGCUGUUCAUACAGAGUGUAUUACCUCCACAGUGCGAACAUGUGUCCGUCCUCUUACUGUGUUAGUCAGUACAAUGUCACCAACGAAAACUGUACAAACUCACCACUACCUACUACAACAAGGAGGACGUCACCGGUAUGGACAAGAACUAUUGGCACGACAUCUCGGACACAACACACAACUACAAAAAGUCCAACUCGACCAACCACUGCUGCUGGACAAACAACUCCAUCACCGACAAUGUCGACAUCUAGUGGCAGGAUACAAACAACCUCGGAACAAACUACUGGAGACCCUGUAUCUGGUGUUGGAAUACACAGAAAGAUUAUAGAAAACGAUUCAAAUGGAUACCUCAUUCCUGUUGCUGUGGCGGUAGUGUCGGUUGGUAUACUAGUGGUGGUAUUCGCCUUACUUACCAAUUAUGUCCCUGCCUUCAAAUCCAAAUGGAAGUCCAGGAUGUACCAAGUGCAGCAGUGAAGACUUGUGUACGGACCUAUUGUAUAUACAACGUGUAUGGACCUAUUGUAUAUACUACGUGUACGGACCUAUUGUAUAUACUACGUGUAUGGACCUAUUGUAUAUACUACGUGUACGGACAUAUUCUAUAUACUACGUGUAUUCUGUAUAUAAUGCGCAGCUACAUUUGCAUAUACUGUUUUACUACCUGUGAGUAUAUAUCUCUAUGCUGUUUUACUACCUGUGAGUAUGUAUCUCUAUGCUGUUUUACUACCUGUGAUUAUGUAUAUCUAUGCUGUUUUACUACCCAUGAUGAUGUAUAUCUUAUCAUACAAUACUUUGUCUGUACUUUGUGUAUAAAACGUAAUGUGUAUAUA